CUAGCUCAAGCGUUUUAGCUCAAGUUGUGGCGACCCAGCCCCCGCUUGGCUAGCUCGGCGGUGGUCCCGAACGUGGCAAUGCCUGUCGUCACGAAGCUCGCGUUGGCUGCCGCUGUAGCGGUGGCAGCGGCGGGGGAGGGAUCCAAGCUGGGUGUCAACGACGGCCCCGCGUAUUACAACAAGGCGAAUCUGCGGUUGGGCGGCGUAGACCACAUCACACGAUUGGGGGAGAGUUGCGGCUUCAUGGACACCGCGUACCAGUCCAUGGCCAUCAAGCACGUGAACGAGCGGAACUCGAAUUGGUGCAGGGCCAUCGGGGACUUGUCCGAGGGCUGGGACAUGUCCUUGGUCCUGUUGGACGCGACCGAGCAAGAAACAGGGGAUUCCCCGCCGAAGGCGGCGCUGUCUGCUGGGUUGAAGCUGGUCGGCUCCACGCCCGAAGCCCAGGUUCCGCUCAUGAGCUGGGCAGGCACCGAAGUGGCACCGUGGAACGAGUCCAACUUUUCGGGCGCGUCCACGAACAUUCUGCCCGUGCACGGGAUCUUGGGCCCAUCGUACAGCGGCACCACCAUGAAGACCAGCUCGUUCUUCGACAGCUUCAACGUGCCCAUCAUGAGCAACUACGCCACCAACCCCGCCAUGUCCCAGAAGUCUGGCAACAGCGCGUACCCCAACUUUUGGCGCACCUGUCCCCCAGACUCGCUGAAGAUGGACAUGGUGGCCGUGUGGCUGCAGUCGUGGGGCAUCUCCAAGGUGUUCGUGGUCACCAUCGACGACAGCUUUCCCAUUGGCAUGCGGGACGCGCUCCUGGGGUAUUGCCCCAAGUACGGCCUGACCUGCGCCACCGCGAGCAGCCUGGUGCCCGCCGCUUCCGCCAGCCAGACCGACGUGCUCCUGGAUGGCCUGAUGGACGAGUUCGCUGCCUCUGGCACCAGGACCAUCGUGCUCAACGGCCUGGUGGCGCAGAACUCGAAGAUCAUGAGGGCGCUGAACAGCCGAGGCCUGUCCGACGGCGACCAGGGCUACAUCGUCGUCCACCCGGAAUUUAUUGGCACUAACGAGGUGGACUUCGAGGGAGCGUUCGCGGUGCUGCCCAGCCAUGAGAUAGCUGCGGCGUGGCAGGCCGCGUACGGCAUGGUGCCGCCGCUGACAGAGUUCGUGAAGCCGUUCGUGAACGGUGGCGGGUUUGCGAACGAAUCCUUCGUGUACACUCCUUUCGAGCAGUCACCUAUUUGCGGCACGCAACAAGACGUGCUGUGCAGCAGCACCAGCAUCGGCCACAACGGCAUGAUGGGCGCUGAAGGCUCUGACAAUGAGAACAGGGCACAUUUUACAUGGCACGAGGUGAAAGACGAUUUUGAGGCAUGCAGCGCGUAUGGCCCGUUAGGGUAUGACUCGGUGGUGUCCUACGCGGCCGCGUUCGACAUUGGGGUGCGCCUGCACAAGGCGAACCACUCCCAGGGCUUCGACAAGGACUCGGUGACCCCAGAGAAGCUGAUGGCGAUGUUGCACAUCCUGACCCAGGGCGUAGACGCCGAUGGCGAGAACGUGAGCCUCGACAAGGACGGCGACGGCCUGGCCGACACCCCGGUGAAGGAAUUCUACGGGACUUGUCUUGGCUCGGGUGGGCCCAUCGGGUUCGAGUGGCGCGACGGCAUGCGGCAGGAGCGCAGCUCCCACUUCUCCGUGGUCAACUACCGGACAGCGCCGGGAAACGCCGCAGAGCUGAUCGGUCACCCCACGUGGGACAUGUACACCGCGAGCUCCUCCGAGACGCCACUGCUCGUGGAGCGUGGUGCUGCCGCCGCGGGCGUCAAGUUCGGGACCGGGACGGUGCUGGGCUACCCCCGAAACGACAGCAUGUUGCUGGGCAUGCCUCCGGUGUGCCCGCCAGGGCAGUAUCUGGACCCCGACGUCAGCAGCUGCAAGGCCACCAGCCCCGGCUACUACCAGCCACUGGCAGGGCAGGACUCCGAGUUGGCCUGCCCGCCGGGCACAUCUUGCGAGAGCGGCGGGUGCGCGGAUCAGUGCGACGCGUGCGCGCUGGGGAAAUUCCAGAAUCAGAGCGGGCAGCCCACCUGCGAGCCAUGCCCUGCGGGGUCCGCCGCGGGCACGCCAGGCUCCGCGUCUUGCUCGCCGUGUCCGCCCGGCGAGUUCGCAGGCUUGGCGGGGAUGGCCUCGUGUGCCGCGUGCCCGAUUGGGCAGGUGCAGACCGCGGCGGGGCGGACCUCGUGCGAGGCCUGCCCAGCGGGUCGGACCACCUUCGAGAAGUCUGCUUCGCUGCUUGCCAGCUGCCUAUGCCUCGAGGGGACCAUGGAUCCAGACGCGCCCAUGCUGACGGUCGCGGAUGCCAGCGGGUCUCUGGUGGAUGUGGCGACCAAGGACGAUCUGGCCAUCUGCCAGACGUGCCCCGAAGGUUUCGAGUGCCCACUAGGUUCGUCCUUCUACGACGCUCUGGGAGAGAACCACGCGCUGCACGGAUACGUGGAGCCGGACGCAAGCCAGGUGAACAUCGUCCCAGUGUCGCGACCGAACAUGGCCGUCGCCCAGGGUUACUACCUGGCGGCGGGCUACCAGAGCUCUGCGGGCUCGGCCUCGGACAAGCUGGCGCUGAACAUCUACCUGUGCGAUGGACUUGGCAUUCAGCAGCUGAGUCAGGAGGGAUACGUGAGUCCUUGCCCCGGCGGGCCCGCCGACUCCUGCGACGACGGCCGCGAAGGCAUCGCGUGCGCGAAAUGUGCCGAAGGCUCGUACGCCACAAUCGACGGCCCCUGCGCGGAGUGCGACGGGUGGGAGCCAGCCAUUCUGGUCCUUGCGGUCCUGGCGGGCAUUACCGCGGUGGUGGCCAGCUACUACUUCAUCAACGGACCGCUGAACCGCCAGUUGUCGCCUCUCAUGGUCUUGGCGAUGUGCGCCGGGACGUUUGUGAUGACGAUGCAGUCGUGCGCGGCGUUGGCAUCGUUGGCAAUCUCGUACCCGGACGGCCUUGGCGGGCUCUUUGCCGGGACACGGCUGUUCGCGUUGGACCUCAGGGCGCUCAGACCGGAGUGCACCCUGGGCUCCUCCGUGAUCGCAAGCUAUGCGCUGAAGGUUGGGCUGCCCUGGUUCCUGUUUGCGGUGUUCGGCGUGCUGUGCGCGCUGAGCAAGUUGUUGCCUGAGCGGUGGCAGUGGGAAUCUUCGAAGACGUUCAACACCGUGUGCAACUUCUUCCAGGCGGCAUUCAUCACAAUCAUCCUCACCGUGGUCGGGCCCUUCCGCACCUUCGCGCACCCGGGCAUCGGCGACCGCAGCAGCAUGCUGAGCAGCCCGGACAUCGACACCUCGAGCGGGACGUACGCCGGGCUCGUCGUGUUUGCGGUCUUCGGCCUCCUGCCCUGCUUCCUGUUCAUCGCGCUGUACGUGUUCUCCGUGAAGAAGUCGCCCGCGUGGCGUGACACCGACAUGGUCAAGCAUCUGCAGGCCAUCAAGUUCGUCCUGUUCCGCUUCGAGGCCCACGCCUACUACUGGGGCCUGUGCUUUCUGGCGCGGUCCACGGCGGUGAGCAUCAUCACGCUGCUGCCGAACCCGUUCACGCAGCUGCUGCUGCUGUCGGUGGUGAUGGUGGUGUACCUGGUGGCCCUGUGCCUGGUUUGGCCGUGGAGGGCGCCGGUGGUGAACGUGCUGGACGCGCUGCAGACCGCGCUGCUGCUCGUCAUUCUGCUCGCGGCUACCAGGCUCGUCGGCACGGACAACGGCGGCGAGGACGUCGACGCCGUGACGGGCCUGAUCAGCACCUGCUACGUGGUGAUGCUGCUUGCGUUUGGCGUCGCCGGGGUCUUCGCCGUUCGUGGCCAGCUCGACAUGGGCGACCGACAGGGUGCGGGGGCCGACGGCAUCCCCGAGAGCAGCGGCGGCGAGGCAGACGCCGAUCGCGGCGCGGACAAGAACGCCGUGGAGAUCGAUGGGAAGCCCAGGGACGCGGCUGCCGAGGGUAAUGAAAACCUGGGUAAUGAAAACCUGGAUACCCUUCCCGUGGUAAGCAGCGUGGACUGAACGGAGCGAGGUCGCCGCAAGCGAACUUGGCGAGGGAUGAGGCUAACGGCGCCGAGAUGGUUAGCGGUCCCGUCUCCUAGUUCAUCACCACUUGGCCCAAUCUUAGAUGCAGUCGCCGCAUUUGUUUUUGUUGGCUUGUGAAAGCUGGCCCGUCGGGCAGCGCGCGCCAGUUCCAGCAAAGGUCGCCACAGUGCGGACUUUGUUUUUCCCCAGUGCGCACGCCUUGCUGUUCUAACCGGAGACCUUUUUCCUUCUCCGCCUCCAUGCCGCUUCCCUCCUGCUCCCUCUUCCUGCCUCUUGCCUCCUGCCUCAUGCAGACUCCUCCGAGCCCACAGCUGCCAUCUCAGUUCUCCUUCCCCCACGCGUGACCCGGCAGAUCCGGGCGGCGCGCAUUUUCCGUUGUGCUCUCCUGGGCGUGGCCCGGCAGAUCCGGGCGGCGCGCAUCAGCAUUUCUUUUUGGGCAUGGCCCGGCAGGUCCAGAUCCAGGCAGCGCGCACGUAUAUUCAAGCGCGGCCCGCCAGACCCGGGCAGCGUUCAUUUCCAUCUUCUCGCACACGUGACAAGGCACACUGUCCUGUCCCGAGUAUGUCUUGCCCCCGCUCUCGCGACGUGCACUCUCGGGGCGGGGUGUCUUCGGCGACGUGGUGGUUGCCGCUGCCUUCCCUGCUCAGCGCGACCCUCGAGGUCGCCCGUGCUCGAGGGCGGCUGGCACGCCGCGAUCUUGUCGUCAGCAGCAUCCUCGGCUUUGGUUCCCUCCGCCGCUUCUCCUGCUAAUGGUCACUCACUGCGACGUGCACCCUGAUGUCAGCGCAUCACGAUCGUAGCGCAGUGAAGCCGAUGGGUCAAAGUCUGCCUGCUACUAUAUCUGAUGGGAGAAAAUCCUGGUGAGGCUUGUCCAAGGGCGUUCUCCAGUGGGGUGGUCCGGAUCCUUGCGGGGUUGUCCAGGGGGUUGUUUGG